AUGCCUUUCUGCAAAGUAAUCGGAUACAUGUACCCAGGCAUAUUUCCGCCUGAGGUCGGCAUGGUGAUCGAAGACAACUUCAACGGCACUGACCUCCUCGUCUUCCGACAACUCAACUCCAAGAUCCGCGACAAUUUCCAGGAGAAGUGGCUAGACGCCUUCUUCACAAAUAGAACCCACGUCUACUCCUAUCAUGGUCUUCGCGCCCUACUAGACAUCACCAAGCAACCAACUCUUGUACGGGAGAUGAAGGAGAUCACGUUAUGUGUCCUCGACUUGGACCAUAUAUCGGCCCCGAGAAAUAACCCGGGCCAGUUCUCCAAGCACCAGAAGGCCGAUGGGCGCAAGAUGCUGGCAGCCUGGGGGAGACAAAGGCGAAGUCUCCGCCGCUACGACACUGAGACCAGAUUCCUACAAGAUAUCUUCUUCAACUUGCAGAAAUUGGGCAUUAUCGUCUCGGUUCGGCUUGCAGACGAGUGGAGAGAUUCGGGCGAUGCUGGAAACUUGCUGCGGAAGGCACUGGGUCGAGAUACUGUCAGGACAAUCGGUACUCCACUCGAUACAGCGCAGCUUGUCAAAGGCCCUUGUGAGGGUCCUGCUAAGACCCUGCUCGAGUCACUGAUCCUGACCGGAUAUCCUAUCCAGCAACUCGACCUCGCGUGUCCUUACGACAACACUGGACUCACGUGCAAGAGCUUCGACCUUUCGCGGCGCGUGCUGAGCAAUCGCGGGCUAGCCUUUGCCCAUUUGACGCAUCUUUCGAUCAAGUUCGAUCCGAAACUGUUCGUUGAGCUCCCGAAAGAUAUCGCGAACGUGGCAACCUGCUUCAGAGACUUACCCCGGCUGCGGGCCCUCGACAUCGGUGUGGCGUACGACAAAGGCUUCAUGAAUCUACAAGGCUAUAUCAUGCCCAUGCUCGACUGCUUUCCCUUGCACCAGAUUGAGAGUUUGACCCUGCAUGGCGCGUAUGCGACGGCUGGGGAGUACAUCACCAUGCUGGAUCGAGCAAGACUGAGUCUCGAAAGCCUCGAUAUGUGUGGGUGUGAUGUUACCGCCUUCGACUGCUGGUCCGGUGUUUUCCGUUGGGCGCAAGGCAAGAUGGGGGUGUUGCGUUGCUUGGAGGUCAGGGACAUCGGGCACGUCUUCAGGGGGAUCUAUGAGUAUGGCGAGAAAGAUUCUCGGCCCGUGUGCUGGGAUGGGCUUGUUAAAGUCUCGCAGGGUCUGCGGAUGUUGAGCGAUAGACCUCGCUAUCAGCCGCAUGAGGAGUAG